AUGCCCUUGUUGACCAGUGCCAGCAUCCAGUUUAUCGGCACCGCCACCGUUGGUGAUGAUCAUGCCACUGCCGACCGCGCUUUGCUUCUGCAUGGCUUGGCGGAGGCCACCAGCCUGGAGCUCGUAGCAUCCACGGAAGAAGGAAGGCCGAUCUUGCUCAAGGAUUUGACAUGGUGUCCUACAUUCACCAAGCUGAAGAUCUUGAUGCUUAACGAGUGGUGUGUGUAUGAUGAUGUAACUGCGCUUGCAUGCCUCAUGCAGCACACACCAAGACUAGAGAAUCUCAUUUUGCAACUUGAAUUCGAGAAAUCCCAUGUUCUUGAGGUGAAAACAGAUAGUCAUAUUACAUCAAAACAUUCAUGUCAUACCUUUGAGCACCUUAAGACUGUGGAGAUAAAGAAGUGUCGUCGAUCUUAUGACAUAAGGGUUAAAGAAAUUUUGAAAUUGCUCGGUGACUGGGGCAUACCUAGCAGUAAAAUCAGUAUCCACUACAAGAAAUCUAAAGGUAAAAAGUAACACACCAAGUUCUAGCUUCAGAUGGGUUCAAGCAGCAUGCAGAUGAAGGAUGAGCACUACCGAAACCUACAUGUGGGUGA